AUGACAUCGCCUAUUGUUCCCAUUUCUCGCCUAUCGCAACUUACGAGCAUCCUAUCCAAGUCUUCACGGAUAACAAAUCAAGACUCCUGCAAACGCGACAGAUACCCCGAGGCAGGUCGCGAGGCAGAUACACGGCGCAAUAGGCUAGCAAGUUACAGCAGCACAGCAGUCUCGCAGCCAGUACCUUGCCUGUCUAUACCGUGGCCGAAACAAAACCGCAGGGACGCAGAAUGUUUCCCACUCCACGCAAUCCCGUAUACUUGCGAACCCCGCCCAAUCUCGGCCUUUGAAACCGACCGCUUUGAGGCCAUGUUCCUUGCUGGAGGAUCCCGGGAACCUGCACUAGAGCCAGGACCAUUCUCGAACCUCUCUUUUCGCGACAACUCCAAUCGAGGCCGUCAAACCUACACUGCGAGUACCCACGCGACAGCGCCGCAGCAGUUCAUGGGUGCGGAUAGUGCCUCUACCUCUGCCGCACUACCGUCUGCCCUGACAGACGCCCCGCUCUCUCGAGAUGGUCCCUUCAAAAGAACCAAAAGACCUCAAAGUCACAGGUUCCGAGCGGAGACCGAGGCCGAGAAACACUCAACAAUCUUCUACAUAUUACCAUUACCCAUGGUUCGAGGUGCGGAAAAGAGCAGCAGCCCAGUCUUCCCCGCGUCUAAGCAACUGCUUAUUCGCCAUCGAAGCAGCUGUCAGCCUGUCACCACGCACGAGAACUUGCCAGCAGUAUCCUACAGUGCCAUCAGCUUUCAGCUUUGCAUGUGCCGCCUGGCUGCGCUAGCUCCCAUCUCGAGCGUUGAGGUAACCCACCGACCCAAGAUGUUGAUUGGUUAUGGCUUGGGCGAGUUCCCAACCCUCUCACUCGUCAGUCUUGCUUUUGGAGCUUUCGAACUUCAGUGUUCAGAGCCUUUGUCGCCACUUGGAAGCGCUCGCUGCUUCUUGGCAAUAGAAUCCCAACCCGCUCAUUUGCUGGGUUUAUUUCAGAGGCACGAGAGAAAAGGCUUCACCAGCUCGAUGGGAAAGUUGGUCAACGCCUCUUCGGAGGCCCAUUCAUGCCCGACUCCUAGAGUCUCUAGGAUUUGUGGACUGGUAAAGUCCACUCCAGGCGGCCUGCACACCGAAUGCCACGCAGACUCUUACUUCGGUCAUCGUGUUGAGAACAUGGUACUUUUCAUCCGACUUGGCAACGGAAGAUGCGGGCCCAUGGCGACUGACUACUUCGACUGCGGGCGUCUUCCGUGUCUCCAAGCUCCUUCCUUGGGGCAAUGUCGUCAACCGGUUAUUUACUGCAACCUAGGCAUGCCAGCGGCCAGAUCAUGGUGGAGCAGAAGAUCCCAUCAUCCCAUGAGAGGCUGGGAGAACCCGGAGAGAACGGAUCAACAAACACCGGGUGCCUCCUUGCUCGGGCCCCACUUAUCGGCCCGGGGCAAGCCGCGCCCGGAGCUCCCACAACUGCUGACCUCAGCAAUGUUUUCAAUGGACCCAGGUCGGGAGCAAAGAGAACAGACAGAGUCAUACUGGAGAAUUAUUGAACCUUCAACAGGUCAUCAAGCCGUAAAGAUCCCCUCUAUCGAGUCUGUAGCCAAGUCCAUGCCCGGCCUGCUUCGUCUUGGGAAACCAUUCCUCAUGCCUGGAACAAAUACCCUUGCCGCCGCAAUUGCGAUGGUCUCAGGCGCGGAUGACGAGAUAAAUCCUAUUUCCACCAUGCCCUUUGCGACUUCUUCACGCUACUGGCAUUGCUUCACGGCCUGGACUUGGCUACAAGCGAAUAUCAAUAUUGCAUGA